AUGCACUUCACAAAAUCUUCACUUUUGGCGGCCUUGGCCUCGUCGGCUUCAGCAUACUCGGCUACCCAACGCACCUUCGCAGUUAACCAUUUCUAUGGAAAGGGUCCUCUUGUAUCGGGCCGUAUGGAUCCCCUUACCAAUCCAGGCGAGGCUUCCGGACACGCACAUACAAUCCAAGGCGGCAACGCAUUCGCCCUAACCAUGACGGAUGAUCAGGCAUUGAAGUCGACCUGUACAUCAUCGUUGGUCAAGAACGAUAAGAGUAACUACUGGACUCCUUCACUCUACUUCAAGGACCCUAAGACUGGCAUGUUGGAGUCCGUAGAGAUGUUUUACAUGAACGUGUACUACUUCUUCGAGCCUACCACCGAUAAGAUUAAAGCGUUCCCACCAGGCCUCCGCAUAUUGAUCGGCGACCCAAAGCUCCGGACUCCACCUAAGACUGGCGGCAAGAACAUCUUGGAUCUUGCUGAUGGGACUCCCCAGCCAAUCCAAUUUACCUGCCCCAGAUCGAACCCCAGCACCCCGUUGUACCCGACUAACUCGGAUGGCCUCCAUGGUGUUGGUAUUCAAGAUCCAGGAAAUAAAGGUGCCGGUGUGGGAUUUCCAGACCAGAACUGCGAUGGCUAUGCCUCUCCCCUCCGCGCGGAUAUUCACUUCCCCUCUUGCUACAACCCUGCUGCCGGCCUCCAGAACUACAAGGAGAACAUGCAAUUCCCAACCAAAGGCAACUGCCCUGAAGGCUGGAUCCACACCCCUCAUAUGUUUUAUGAGGUCUACUGGAACACUCCUGUCUUCAAGGACCGAUGGACCCAGGGACAAGGCACUCAACCUUUCGUACUUUCAAACGGUGACCCAACUGGCUAUUCACUGCACGGCGACUUCAUCGCCGGCUGGGAUGUAAAUACACUUCAACAAAUCAUCGACAACUGCGACGCCGGUGAUUCAGGAAUGGACAAGUGCCCUGGCUUGAUCGGCGGGCUCCAUGACUCCUCCACAUCCUGUAAAAUCCAAAGCCCAAUCCAAGAAACCAUCUUCGGUACCAUGUCCGCACUCCCAGGAAAGAACCCAAUCGGCGAUUGGGGCGUCAAUGUUGCCGGUUCACCUCCAGCUGCUGCCGCUCCCGUUUCUACUGCUGCUCCAUCUGCUCCAGCUGCUCCAUCCCCGACUUCGACGAAGCCAAUCAAGGGUGCAGUCAACGCAGAGGUACCAACGGAAGUCAAGCCUGUCGUAUCACCCGCGCCUGUUGCUGGCGACAACGGAGACGCCCCGGGGGCCACGGGUGGCAAAGCUUCCUCCACAACACUUACCAAAGCACCCGUCGCAGUCCAAGAGGCUGAAGCAACCGGCGGCCCCGGCGUCGUAACAUCGUACGUUUACACCACUGAAAUGUUCUACAAGACCGUCACCACAGACGCCGCUGCACCCGUAGCCACUGGAUCGAGUUCCGCAAUCGCAGGCUGGACAUACACGGGCUGCUACGAAGAUGACACCGGCGCCAACCGCGUCCUCAAAGGCGUCGAGUUCGCUGACGUUGGGCAACACUCUGUCACCAACACCAAAUGCGUAGAUUACUGCGGCAAGCGUGGCUUCAGCAUGGCCGGCACCGAAUACGGAGGCCAAUGCUUCUGCGGAAACAGCUUGGUGAAGACGACUAAGAUCGAUGACAGUCGCUGCUCGAUGCCCUGUGAAGGGGAUAAGAGUCAGGUGUGUGGUGGAGCAAAGGCACUUAGCAUCUAUACCAAUAGCGCGGCGGGCAAGAUCCGGAGGAGUGUCAGAGCGAGACAUUUGAACUAA